UCAAGUCAACAUUGACAUGCAGCAAUAUUUUUCGAGAACGAGUUUGAUAAGGAAGAAAAGCCAAAAAAUAUACAUACAAUAAAUGAACAAGUUUGUAGAAAUAAAUAAAUUCAUAAAAUCAUUAAGUGUUUGUUGUUUUGUUUAGAUUGUUCAAGACGCAAUUGAUGAAGCGCAACAAGAUUGUACAUCCAUCACAAUUGCACAUCGAUUAACAACAAUUAAAAAUUGUCAUGUGAUCUAUGUGAUUAAUCGAGGACAUAUUAUUGAAUCAGGAAGUCAUCAACAAUUGAUGGAUCAAAAAGGUUAUUAUUAUAAACUUGUGCAAUGUUCACAGAGAUAA